GGACUGCCUUCCCCCAUCGGCAGACAGACAGAUGAAACAAAUCAACGCGCCUUUAAAUAGAAGCGUAUUGUCAUUCUGACUGCUGUUAUUUGACUGCCAGAGCAGAGACGGCCCGCUCGUCAUCCAUUGCAGAAGAACAUACUUUUUAUUCUUUCAUUCCACACACUCUUCACAGUAAACAUGCCUAGCAAGAGAAAGCAGAACAAGCGCCGAAUGAGAAAAGUGCAUGCCCAGAGAAAGGCUUUGGAGGAGAGGUUCGUCUCCUCUGGAAAGGGAACCCCAGGAGUGUGUGCAGUCCCUGCCCCAGUUCCUGCAAAAGUUCCAGUUUCUAAAAUCUCAGAGUGUCCCAUUGCGGUUCCGAUUCCCCUGGCAGUGAUUGCUCCCAUUGAUAUUCCUGCUGAAGUUCCUCCUGCUGAAGUUACUCCUACAGAACCAGUCAUGGUAGAAGCCCCAGUCACGGAUACCAUCAAAGACGAAGUGGUGAAAGCUGCAGAGGACCUAAGACAAACCCCAGUGGAACCCUCUGCAAAAGAGCUAGAUGACACUGUUGCCAUUCCAUUAUCAGAGGUCACAUCAUCUACAGAUGAGCCAGCAUCUACCCCUGCAGAAUCUAAGGUCCAGUUUGAGCACACUACACCUGUAGCCACAGAGACACAUGUAGCUCAGCCUGUUGAGACGGUUAACAUUGAGUGUGAAGGUGAGCUUCCUGCUGAAGAUCCUGUGGUGGAGGUACCAGUGCCAAAGGAGAUGGUGACUACAGCUGAAACUGUUGCUGCAGUUGAAACUGUGACAGAAACGGUAGUAGCUGAAGUUGAGCCUGUUGCUGACACUGCAUUGGAAGUUGUUGGGAUCGUGGGAGAUCCUGACAUUGAAGCCGAAGCCAUAACCGUUGAAAAUGAGCCUACUGAAGUCCACAAAGUUGCAGAAGUCACGGAGGAUGUACAUGCAGAGCCUGAACCAGAAGAGUUUCAAGUGCAAGCUGCAGUACCUACAGAUGCUUUAGUGGAACCAGAGCCUGAGCAGCAGCAGCAGCCGGUCCUACUGCAGGAACCCACGCCUCCAGUUGAGUCCACGAGUGACCCCAUCACUGGAGAAUUUGUUGGUACCGAGACAGUAGCUGUUGACACAACUGCUGCAGAGGAACAGAUUCUCGAAACAGCAACCUAUGCCUCCAAGGUACAAUCAGAGAGACUGUCAGAAACAAUUCCUGCUCCUGAGUCACUGCCUGUGCCUGUAGCAAAGGAGAUUAUACAAGCUCAAGAUGAAUUAAUGGCACAAAUAGAAACUGAAAGUAUAAAGGACUUGGCAGUGGCUGGUGGCCUAACUAUGGAUGCCAUAAAUGGAUGUCUGGGAGCUACCGAAGUUGCAAUGGAAGGUUAAAGAGCCUAUGUUUCAUAUGUUUUAAAGGGAUUGCUGAAACAUGAAACAUUGCAAAGUGCCUUUCUGUGCUGAUUCUCACCUCAACUAUGACAAGGAUGUGUGCCUGUUCUUCGCAAGUGAAGUUUUUCUGAGUUUAUCAGAAUUGACCUUAGUUUUCAUAUGCAUGUACGGUAGAUUUGAUGGUGUUAUAUAUUGCAUAUCUAGUAAAGUAAAAUGGAGGGUUGUUGCAAAUGUAUGUUUUUACUUGGACCAUUUUGUAAUGUGGAAUGAAUACUUGUUGUAUUUGAUAAAACAAUUUGGAGUGGAGUGCUUUAGAGCACAAUUUCAUACUAUACCAUCACCACAGCUUCUGUGCCCCCCCAACAAUCCACAUGUGCCUUUUUCCAAAUUAUAAAUAAAGAGAGUUUGAGGAUAA